UUCCAACGUGAGGAUGCACUUUUGACAGACAAAACAUUGUUUACAGUGAGUGACACAGCAUUUCAGUGUCUCUUUUACGCUUUGUCAGACAGACUUUAGCAUACGAGCGUACCUCUCGUGUAUUUUUAUUUUAUAUUUGAGCCUUUAUCUACUCUUACUCUUUUUUAAGAUUAAUCCUCAAAACUCUUUUGCCUUGCUAAUCUUUACAUUGAGCUAGCUUGACUUGAUCUCUCCGAUGGAGCAAACGGGCUCAUACCCUGUAAAAGUCUAUAUCUAUGACGUGACCAAAGGAAUGGCUCGACAGCUCAGUCCUGUCAUGAUUGGGAAACAAAUUGAAGGUGUCUGGCACACUGCCAUUGUGGUUCAUGGGAAGGAGUUCUUCUUUGGAGGAGAUGGGAUCAACCACUGUGCUCCUGGUAAUACUAUUUUAGGACCACCAGAUUUAACUGUGGACUUGGGCUCCACUGAAGUUCCAGAAGAGGUCUUCAUGGAGUAUUUAACGUCUCUGGGAGAAUCCACUUUUAGUGGUGACAAAUACCACCUGCUGGACCACAACUGCAACACCUUUAGCAACGAAGUGGCUCAGUUUCUCACAGGCCAGAAGAUUCCCUCAUACGUCACUGACCUUCCAUCUGAAGUGAUGUCCACGCCUUUUGGGCAGGCUCUCCGUCCUUUUCUGGACUCCAUGACCAUAAACCCAGGAGGCAACAAUAUCAGAGGCCAGCCAUAGCAAAGCCAUGUCUACCUGCCUUCUCCAUUCUCCAUGACUCAGGCACUUUUUAACUUUGAUUUGACUUUUCCUGUGUGUACAUGAAGUAAAUGAAUAAGAGUCAAAACGUUAACAGCAUUAUCAUAUGUUCUUUUACAAUUAAUGACUGUUAAAUGAAUAUACCCAAUACCCAGAAGUAAUAUUUUUGUACAACAUUUAACCAGUAUAAUGCAACACACCAUACUUUUUGUGUCAAUAUACUGGAGUUCUACCUUUUUAGGUAACAGUGAUUAAAAGCUACACAUUUUAUGAUAUUCUCAAAUAGUGCCUUAAAAAUAUUGCUUGAAUUGUUAAGCUAUAUUAGGGCCAAAGUCCACACAGUAAAAUAAUUAAUGUACACUAACAAUGUAUAAUGUAAGUUUUAUAAGAUACGAAACUCAUGGGCUUCAUUAUCUACUUGAGACUAUGAGUUAAAUUAGUCAUGUUUUCAGAAAAUUCUGUUACAGCACCUGCCAAGAUCUGUACCUGUAUAUUAAAUCGUACUGCGCUAUACUGUG